AGACUGAGGAGAGGAACAAACUGUAAGCUCCGCUUCAAGACCGGACGUUCUCUAAGGAAUCGGAAGUGUCGUUGCCACCCCCGCGAUGCGCAUUGGCCAGGAACGCGAGGAGGCGGGAAUCUUGUCUCUAUGGUGGCGGCGGGAAGGCCCCUCUGUCUCCUUGUCGUCUGUAGCCGGCCGGCGGCUUGGUCGGGAAGCGGGCGAGGGGGCGGUGGGCCGGCCAGCCAAGAUGGCGGAGCUGAGCGGCGGCGGCCCCGGCUCGGCCGGCAGCGGGGAAGGCGGCGGGGGCGGAGGAAGUGGCUCCAGUGCCGCCGUCGGGAGUGGGGAGGGCAGCUCUGGGGGGCCCCUCAUCCGGGUGAUGGUGAAGACCCCCAAAGACAAGGAGGAGAUCCUCACCGGCGAGCGCGUCUCCGUCAAGGAGUUUAAAGAGGAGAUUUCCAGGCGGUUCAAAGCCAAACAGGAUCAGCUGGUUCUGAUCUUUGCUGGGAAGAUUCUGAAGGACAGCGAUACACUGAACCAACAUGGGAUCAAGGAUGGACUAACGGUGCACCUGGUGAUCAAAACCCCGCAAAAGACUCAAGACCCUUCAGCGGUGGCCGCAGAUUCAUCUCCUCCUCCGGCCCCUCCUUCUGCUACUUCAACUGCUGCGGUUCCUCCCUCUGCCGCCCCUGCUUCUCCCACUGCCCCAUCACAGCCUUCCACGUCCAGCAACACACUCUCAGAUGCGGGGAACAGCAGCCGGAGGAGCAGUGGAUUAGGGGCUGCUCCAGGCCCGACAGCAGAAGGGGUGCCCGGAGGUGCCACUUCCAUCUUGUCUGGCUUUGGGGGCAUCUCUGGACUUGGCCACCUGGGGAUGGGCUCAGCCAACUUCAUGGAGCUCCAGCAGCAGAUGCAGCGGCAGCUGAUGUCCAACCCGGAGAUGCUGUCCCAGAUCAUGGAGAACCCGCUGGUCCAGAACAUGAUGUCCAACCCGGAUUUCAUGAGGCAGAUGAUCAUGGCCAACCCCCAGAUGCAGCAGUUGAUGGAGCGCAACCCAGAGAUCAGUCACAUGCUGAACAAUCCGGAGCUUAUGCGUCAGACUAUGGAAUUGGCCCGCAACCCAGCUAUGAUGCAGGAGAUGAUGCGCAACCAGGACAGGGCUCUGAGCAACUUGGAAAGUAUUCCAGGAGGGUACAACGCUUUGCGCCGGAUGUACACGGACAUUCAGGAGCCCAUGUUCAGUGCUGCCAGGGAACAGUUUGGCAACAACCCGUUCUCUGCCUUGGCCGGAAGCUCUGACUCCUCUACCCAGCCUCUGCGGACAGAAAACAGGGAGCCUUUGCCAAACCCUUGGAGCCCCUCGGCUUCUUCCCAAAGCCAGGCGCCCAAUAGCGAAGGAAACACCGGGCCUGUUGCCCCCCAGACCACACCGACUCUGUCCAACCCUUUGGGAAUCAAUGCAACCAGCCUGGGAUCUGGGAUGUUUAACAGCCCCGAGAUGCAAGGGCUCCUGCAGCAGAUCUCGGAGAACCCCCAGCUCAUGCAGAACGUGAUCUCCGCCCCUUACAUGCGCACCAUGAUGCAGACGCUUGCCCAGAACCCCGACCUUGCAGCACAAAUGAUGGUGAAUGUUCCCCUCUUUGCUGGCAACCCUCCGCUUCAGGAGCAGCUACGGCUCCAGCUCCCCGCCUUUCUACAGCAGAUGCAGAACCCCGAUUCUCUCUCAAUCCUGACAAACCCUCGCGCCAUGCAGGCCCUGCUCCAGAUCCAGCAAGGGCUCCAGACGCUGCAAACGGAGGCCCCGGGACUGGUGCCUAGCCUUGGGUCUUUCGGGACAUCUCGAGCCCCCCCGCCUUCUGCCGGAGGAAGCACAAUCCCCGAGACCCCCAUGUCCUCCGCUUCGACACCUGCCAGUGCCUCUCCAGCCGGAGACAGCAAUCCACACCAGCAGCUGAUGCAGCACAUGAUCCACCUACUGGCCGGCGCAAACUCUCAACAGGCGCAAAGCCCAGAAGUGAGGUUCCAGCAACAGCUCGAGCAGCUCAAUGGCAUGGGCUUCAUCAAUCGCGAGGCUAACCUGCAGGCACUCAUUGCCACGGGUGGGGACAUCAAUGCUGCCAUUGAGAGACUGCUGGGCUCGCAGCCUUCCUAACACCGCGCGGCCCCUCUAGGCUGCCCGAUCUCAUCUCCCGCACAGGGACCGAUCAAGGAGACUGCCAAGGUGGUGCCUGAGUCCCGCAAUAGCUGUCCGCAGAGCGAAAGAAAAAAAUGGAGGCGAAGCUCCGGCUCAGCGUGGCUGAGAGAUCCUUUUCCGAAUUGCAUUGCGCAUGGAUUCAGAUUCUCAUUGAGUGGCCAUUUUCAGACAUGUAUUCACUUCUCCCCCUCCUUCCCCCCGGGUCUCCCCACAAAUUAGGCUGCUUAGUUAGUAGAAGUGUUUACUUCUAGUUAACCCAAAUGAUUGUGUUGGAUUAGCUUGCUUUUAAAAUGAAACAAAAACCGUCUUUCUCCUCCUGCCCCCCUCCUCCUGCCCCCUUAAAGAUCAAGGAAAUAUCAGUCUGGUUUCUGUGACCCAAAGGCUAUCUUUUUCGAUGCAGAAUAGUAGGGAAGGGGCAAGUCCCUUUAAUGCUACGGACUGAGACGGGGCCUGUCUUGUGAUGUCCUUGCACUCCCCUUUCUGGACCUUGGUUCUGGACUCCUCUAGCAUCGCUUUGGUGCUCAAGGGGUUUUGAGGGGGGAGGAUUAUGGAGGAAACUGUCCUGAAUUAAGUACAUGGGAUGUUUUCAAAGGCAGAGGACAGUGUCCUUUGAAGGCAUGGCUCUUUCAAAAAGACUGGAAUUAUGCUUUUAUCAUCUACCUUAAAUGCCACCUCGUGAAUGUCAUGACUUCUUGAUGCAUCUAGAAAACAAAUAGCCUGUAACCUUAAACAAAGUUCCAGUUUUUUGUCGUUGGUUUGGAUCCUUUGUCUCACUUCCUUGUGUGCUAGAAAUCGUCCUACAGUGAUGCGAGAAGGUGGAAGUGAACAGUUUGGCCUACUUUCUUCCCACUGCCAGUUCUGUGCAGCUUUCUAUCCAGUUGAUUUCUCCUCGCCAAGCCUGGCCUUACUUUUUGGGUGAUCCUGCCCAUAAAAGGCAGGAAAUAAUGGCUUCUUCACCACCUGCCAUGGGUGCUGCAGGGUCCAACUUUAUUGUUUCCUCUGGCCAGACAGUUUGAGGACAUAGCUUGUGGGGAGUGGCAGCUUGUGGGAUUUUUUUAGGUGUUUGGACAAAGCAUGGGGAGUGGGGAAACUGUGCUGCUGUCAGUAGCGAUUGAUAGUUUUCCUGCCCUUUUCUGUAGCCUCCCUUUCCUCUUUUAGUUCAGAACGUUAAAAUGACCUUACUACCUGUGGCUGACCUAUAAUUUCCAUUUGAAUUUACGUACUGUUUUUAUCCUGGAAUAAAAUGCACACACGUCUCCCA